AUGAAGUAUUUAACCGUGAUUGUAACAUUGUUGUUACAAAUAAUAGCAGUUUCAAAUGCGGAACACACUAAUAACUGGGCUGUUUUAGUUUCAACAUCGAGAUUUUGGUUCAACUAUAGACAUAUGGCGAAUGUGUUGAGUAUGUAUAGGACAGUGAAAAGAUUAGGUAUCCCGGAUUCCCAAAUUAUUCUGAUGUUAAGCGAUGAUGUCGCUUGUAAUUCCAGAAAUUUAUUUCCAGGUAGUGUAUUUAACAACAAAGAUCAUGCUAUCGACCUAUAUGGUGAUAAUGUUGAGGUUGACUAUAGAGGAUAUGAAGUUACGGUAGAAAAUUUUAUUAGAUUAUUAACAGAUAGAUGGUCUGAAGAUCAGCCAAAAUCUAAGCGAUUAUUGACCGAUGAGAAUUCGAACAUUCUGGUGUAUAUGACUGGACAUGGAGGUGAUGAUUUCUUAAAAUUCCAAGAUGCUGAAGAAAUUGCGUCUGAGGAUAUCGCAGAUGCCUUUGCACAAAUGUAUGAAAAGAAAAGAUAUAAUGAGAUUUUCUUCAUGAUUGAUACUUGUCAAGCGAACACUAUGUACUCCAAGUUCUAUUCACCAAACAUUUUGGCAGUUGGAUCUAGUAGAUUUGAAGAAAGUUCAUACUCACACCAUUCUGAUGUUGAAAUUGGUGUUGCUGUUAUUGAUAGAUUUACAUAUUAUACCUUAGAAUUUAUGGAAACCAUUGAGAAGGAUUCCGAUUUGACCUUGCAAGAUUUAUUUGAUUCGUAUACUUUUGAAAAGGUUCACUCUCAUGUAGGUGUUAGAACAGAUCUUAUAGAGAGAGAUCCAAAGGAUAUAUUGAUUACAGAUUUCUUUGGUAACGUUCAAAAUCUAAUACCGGAUAAUAAUGCGAAGUUUUCGGAUGCUAAAAUGAAGGAUUCUGAUAACAUCAUCAAUCUUUCUAUUCAAAAGGAAUCUGAAAUUGCACAAGUUGAAAAAAGUCACAGAAUUAUUAAUAAUACUUUUACGAAAGCACUAGGUAAUAAUAACUUUAAAGUAGCAUCAGGUGAAUCUAAUAGUUAUUCUUCAUUGAUUGGUUUAGGUGCUUUCGCCUUGAUUGCUCUUUCAAUCUUGUUAUCAAAAUAA